AUGCCCACCAUCACUGAGAUGUCUGUUGAAGGAAUGGUCGCCCCUGCUGCGCUUGGUUUUCUUUCGUACCUUGUGUUCAAGAAGCUCGAGCCGACAGACAUGGUUUCUCUCGUUGCGCUGCUCGGAAUAAUCCCUGCGAUUCCGGUAUCCAUCCUCUACCCGCCGCUGGAUUCGAUGCUGCUCGCUGUUGUGGUGUCGUAUGCUAUCUACUACGGCGUUCUAACAGCUUCUAUUGUGACGUAUCGCCUAUCUCCAAUGCACCCAUUGGCCAAGUAUCCCGGACCGCUUGCUUGCAAGGUGUCCAAACUAUGGCUGGUGUAUGUAGCAUCCGGGGGACGGCAAUACAGCUACUUUUACAAGGUUCACAAGAAGUACGGGCCGAUUGUUCGUAUCGGUGCGCCAAACUCUGUCCUCUUCGAGCUUACAUUCGAGGCUAACAAUAGCGGUUGGCAUCCAGGUCCGAACGAGCUGUCCAUCGUGGACGCUACAUUGCUCCCAUCUAUCCUGGGUGCAAACGGGAUGCCGAAAGGCCCUAUGUGGGAAGGGAGAAGAUUUACGAAGGAGAAGGGAGCCGGCGAAAAGACUAUCAAGGGAAAUCUCAUCAACACCAGGAACACACAGCAUCAUGCGGAGGAGCGCCAAGUGUGGAAUCGCGCGUUCAGCACUGCGUCGGUGAAGAAGUAUGAGCCCAUUGUGAUUCGCAGGGCGGCUCAGCUAGUCGAGGCGCUGAAGACAAAAUGUGGGGAAGCCGAAACUAAAGGCGCCCAAGUGAACAUGUCGGACUGGCUGAGUUUCUUUUCGUUUGAUUUUAUGGGCGACUUCGUGUUCAGUGGGCCAUUUGAUCUUCUACGGGAUGGCGAUGCGAAUGGCCUCGUCCGUCUCAUGGAAUUGGGUUUAUAUCCUCCUGCUCUCACACAACACAUCCCCUGGUGCAUUCAGGCAGUUCUCCGCCUACCUUUCUUUGGAAAACAGGCGAAGAAACUCGGCGAGUUCACUUAUAGACAGGUUAAGAAGAGGAUGUCCGACGGGUCAUUUCACGAUGAUCUUUUCUAUUACCUUAGCGACGAAAGCCGGCAGAAGUCUGAGCCCGUUCCAAUGGGUGCCCUCCUAUCCAACUCCAUCCUUGCCAUUGUCGCAGGUUCCGACACGACUGCAGCAGCGCUGAGCAAUACCUUGUAUCUUCUGGUAUCGCACCCGGAGUGCUAUGAACGCCUCCAAUCAGAACUAGAUAAUCUCUUUCCUCUGGGAAAGGGCGAACCAACUGACACUGCCAAGCUGGCCCAGAUGGAAUUUCUGAACGCGGUUAUAAACGAAUCUCUUCGCAUACAACCUCCCGUCCGAACAUCCUUACAGCGCGCACCCGAGGCGGGGAGUGGAGGACACAUGAUUGGCUCUGACAUGUUCAUCUCCGAGGGCACGGCCGUGUAUGUGCCCCCAUACGUUUACCAUCGCGAUCCUCGUUACUUCUCUCCCGAUCCCGAUCGCUUCUGGCCAGAGCGGUGGCUGUCGAGAGGGGAGACGGGCGUCGUCUUGGACACGAACGCGUUCAUUCCGUUCUCGACGGGCCCUGCCAACUGCGUCGGGCGGUCGCUCGCGCUGGUGGAGCUGCGCAUGGUGUUGGCCUACCUGCUUCAAGCGUUUGAGUUUCGCUUCGCGGAGGGGUACGACCGCAGGGUGUACGAGGACAGUCUGCAAGAUUUCCUGGUUACACACCGUGGACCUCUUCCGCUCGUCUUGACCCCACGCGUGGCUCAUUGA